AAUUGGAGGAUGAUUGCAAUAUAUUAAUUGAAUCCCAUAAUAUUUUGCAGACACCCAUAAUAUUCUACUGUCUUGGAGAUAGCCAAUGGAGAACACGCCUCUAGAACUUUCCCCGUCUCUGUAACUUCUCCUUUCCGCGAGCUCAUUCUGGAAAGCCAACCCCUCCUUUGCUACGUCACUGAAUUGAUUCUUUAAAGCAUCCGUGUAGUUAUUGCAAUGGCUCAAUAUUCAAGACCGAGGAUUUCUCAGAGCAUGAAGACGCAGUCUCCAAUGGUUGCAAUGGCCACAAACGACCCUCUUCCUCCGGGUUGGGAAAUUAAAAUUGAUCCACAGACUGGAUGGCCAUUCUUUGUGGAUCACAACAAUCGGAUAACUACAUGGAAUGAUCCAAGACACGAUGGUAAAAAGAUGAGUCCCACAUCUUCAAACGGGCCCUGUGCUCCCAUUGAGCCUUCUCCACUGGACACCCAGAAGGGCUUUGUCAGAGAGAUGAAGCUCCCCGUUCUCCGCCCAGGCUAUGUCCCCAUUCCAGUGCACCAUGACAAUAUUGAACUGCGACAGCCCUGCUUCUCCUACGUCCAGCCGUCCACCCUACAGAACCUCAGAGCAGAGGGACGCACACCGUCCCCUACGCCCACAAUACACUGCCGGGCCCGAUCCCCUGUGCACAUCAAUUCAGAUGGUUCCCUUGGUGAUUCCCACUGUACAUCUUGCUCACCUGUUUCACAAGGACCAGAGAUCCAACGAAUGAGUCCAGACACAGUCCCACUCCACCAGCCGUCUCGCCCCAGCAGCACUGGUCUCCAGGCCGGCUAUAUCCCCAUUCCAGUCAUACACGAGGGGGCAGGCGGCGGGACACAGCCUCAGAUGAACCCCACGUAUCACUCCCAGUACUACCCUCCUCCAGCGCACACGGAGUACCAGCCCUCCUACCACUGCCGGCAACCAGAGGAGUGGGGAAGUGUGCACCACGGGCCCGUGUCAGCUCCUCGAGAUAACAGGAUACACCGGGAGAGUGCCGUCCCUAUCCACAUCACACAGAGCCGUGACUUGCCGCCCCACCUAAGGGCCCAGUCACCCGUCAGAUCACAGGUCAUGGGAGAGAGGCCACAGGUCCAGCAUCACAUUACACAGAGAGAUGCUGCUCCUAAAAUGGAAAGGGAGAUUCCCAGCAGUCCGACUGUUCAGAGUGAGGAUGUUCAAAGACCGACAGCUGGUUCACAACAGCCACAACCCCCACCUCUAAUUCAGCAAGUACAACAGCAGCCAUCCCAGCAAACAACACAACAAGCAUUUCAACAAUCACCAACACAAGCAUUUCCCCAACCACAAUCACAACAAGCGUUUCAACAACCACCACAACAAUCCUUUCAGCAACCACCACAUCAAGUAUAUCAACAACCACCACAACAAUCGUUUCAACAACCACCACAUCAAGUAUAUCAACAACCACCACAACAAUCGUUUCAACAACCACCACAUCAAGUAUAUCAACAACCACCACAACAAUCGUUUCAACAACCACCACAUCAAGUAUAUCAACAACCACUACAACAGGCGUUUCAACAGCCACCACAACAAGCGUUUCAACAACCACCACAACCGGCAUGUCAACCACCACCACCACAGUCACCACAGCAAGCAUAUCAACAACCACCACAGCCACCACAACAAGCAUAUCAACAACCACCACAGUCACCACAACAAGCAUAUCAACAACCACCACCACCACCGCCACCACCACAACAGCCCCAGCAGACUACCAACAUCACCAUCCAAGUUCCAGACAAAUCAGAUCCCCCAGAGCCAGUUGCUCCCCCACAAGAGGCUCCGUCAGCAAAAGCAGAGCCUGAUGUUUCAGCUGAGCUGCCGCCUCCAAGUCAUCCGGGCCUGAUGAAAGUGCAGCGGAUUGUGGAGCGGGUGGACAGACUGGAAGAAGAAGUGAAGCAAUUCAACGGCAAAAAGACUGAGAAAAGGUAUUUACUACUAGAGGAGCUGUUGACCAAAGAGCUACUAGCCUUGGACUCGGUGGACCCUGAAGGGCGAUUGGAUGUACGUCAGGCAAGACGAGACGGUGUGCGCAAAGUCCAGACAAUCUUGGAAUACCUGGAGACUCUAGGCGAUCAGCCACCACCACCACCAGAGUCUGCGCCUUCAACUAAGGGCUCUGUGGCCGAGGUCUCCGACCAAGAGCAGAAAGGCGAGCCAAGUAUGAUUGGCCAGGCAGAUGUGGAGAUGGCAAAGGAUAUAUCCUAAUGACUGUGUGUGGAGCCAAAGAGAUUGAAUGCAAGAAACUUUGGAAUGUCUUCUUGUCCACCUUCUUCUGCUUGUCACCUGCCAUCACUUGCUGUUUUACUGCUGCCAUUAAGUUGCAUGCUUAAAUUAUUUAAUGUUUUCUGCUCUCCAACAUUUAAUGUGAUUGGUUGCUGAGUGUUAUUCUGUGUCAUAUGAUGUAAAAGCAGUGUUGUUGCCUUUCACCAAGCUAAUUACCUUGUAGCAGGACCAUAGUGGUGACAGCUAUUCAGAUAUGAGAUUUAUCGAAGAGGCCUUCAGACAAAAGCAAGUAUUUGUUUUUUUACACAGUUAUUUGCCUUUUGUCCUUUUAAGAAUUGAGUGGUGGCAGUGAAGCUUGAAUUCAGAGCUGAUAUGCCCAGAUUCUAGUUUUUGUUUGUGAAAGGGCUAAUGGAUACAAAUAACUCAACGGUUAGCCUUCACUCAGUUUUAUUCAAGUUCUUUAAAAGAGCAUAAUUUUCUAACCAAUCACCAUCACUUUAUCACUGGUGGAUUUGAUAUUGCGUAAUGACCACAGUAGUAAAUUUGCUGUAUUUUUGUGGGGGAAUUGUUAUGUCAUGAAGUUAUCAUGUGUGUGGUAUUACUGUGCUCUCAGUUUGCCCAUCUUCUGCUGCUUCUCCCAAUGCCUGUUUUGUGAUAUUGGCACUUGUAUCACUAUAGUAUUGUAAUACGUUUACAAAUGAAUAUUACUGUCAAUUAUAUUCAUAUUAAUGAUAAUAUAUUUUUACUUAAGAUUUUUGUGCCAAAUGUUUUUACAAUAUGAAGAUCUAUUGUAAAGGCAGUCCAUGAUGUCCAUUAAAAUGUGCAAAAAAUAAUAUAUGUGGACAAUAAAAAAUAUAUAUAUAUUUAAAUGUAAAUGUAAUUCAAAAUCUCACAUUGUCACUGGUCAAUACGAGCCACAUUAUCUGCAUCAGCUCUCAGUGGCUACGGUGUAGCAAGGGAAUGCAGCAUUGGUUGCAGUGUGUCUGUGAAACUAUACACAAUGUUCAUCACAGCUUAAAAGUUGCAAGUUGCAACAGUAUUGACAUCUUGAUGUCAUAACUGCAUGGCUGUGAAUAAAAUGCAUAUGAAAAUGCU